AUGUCAGCGCGACCACGGAUUCGGCUUGAAGCCGAUGGGCUCCCAAGCAUCGACUUUGCUGUGAGAUCGCCCAACGUGGAUGACAGCUCUUCAGAGGAAGGACAGACAGGUUUGGUGCAUGCAGCAGCGGCGAUUGACGAGGCUGCCUCUCCGAGUGCGGCUCCAGACAUGUAUGUGCAUGAGGCCCAGGUCAACCCAACACAGAUGGAUCCCAGUGCCGAGACGCCUCCGGAGAAGCCUCGGGUGCCCGGGUCGCCUCCGCCUCUUGACAUCGAAGCCGGGCUACAUGAAGCGCGGGGUGCUUCUCCGCUCAGUGGCCAUUUGCGAACCAUGCCUUCUCCGCUGCGGACUGGGCGGAGGUCACUUUCACCCAGGGAGGCUCGCGAUCGUGGAAUCCGCACAAGUGCAGAAGUCAUUCCAGAGAAUGAUCGCGACAUGAAUCUAGGGGAGUCGCGAAACUUUGUGGAGGACAGCCUGAUGGGUACAUCGCCUUGCACGGAGCAUUCCAUGGAUUCUUUGGCGUCUUUCUUUCGGGACGGGCAUUACUUUGUACCUUUGCGCUUGUCAUCGGUCGACGAACCGUUGGCAGAGCCGGCUCGACACCAUCGAGAGCAUGAUGUCACCGCUGAAAGCUUUGAGCAUAGGACGCCAUGUGUGGCUUCCUUCCCGUGUCCCCUUACUUGUGGAGGCCCCGGCAGUCUGAUGAGUGGAUCAGGCCGGGGCGCUUUGGUCCCUGCAUUGCCCAGCGCCAUGGGUAUGCCUGAGCCUUCAGUGCGGCAGAGAGAGGUGGAGCCGUCAGUGGCGCCAGCUUUACAAGAGCUGCAAGAGAUGAGGUCCACACGGGUUGGAGUGCCACGUGUUCCUGGGCCAACAGAGUCGGUUGAUCUGCCCGGAUAUGAGAGGAGGCAGGCACAUCCGCGAAAUAUGCCGCAUCCAAGCAGAGCUCCUGUCCUGGCAGAUGCAGUCCAAAGCGCAGCGGCUCCGUCAGUGCGGCAUUUGCCAAGUUCGGCUUUCACUGCUGGUGAUGCGAGGGUGCAAGAAGGGCUUGGUGCCCCUCUACCAAAUCCUAGUCGACCCAAUGACGUGCCACCUUAUGCCAGAACGACAGGAGUGCCACCUGCGACCGAGAACACUGUGCCAACAGCUGAAGGCCCUGGCAGGCGGCUUGGGGAGGGCUUGCCGGACUUGCGCACCUCAGGUCCCAUGCCCUCCACAUCGCAGCUACCCUCCCACAGCGGCACUGGGGGGAUGCUGUCUGUAAGCAGCAUGGCCCCGGCACCAGCACCCGGCUGGGGGUUUGCCGCAACCUCGGGACACUUGCCUUCCGGGCCUCCACCAGCAGCCAGGCCUCCAGUGCCAUGUGGCAUUGCCCAGCUGGCUCAAGCCCCAGCGGCGGCGCCUGGCCUGCCACCUGGCCUGCCUCCUGGCCCGCCACCUGCCCCGUGUCUCGCACCCAACAUGUACACAAGUUCAGGCCAUGCCGUUCCGUUCCAACGAGACUUCGCAGGAGUGGGAGUCGCACCACCGCCACAGGCCUCGCAAACUGCUGUGCCUGCACCAGUGCGAGCUUGGGGAACUCAGGGGCCAAUGGCCGCAGCUGUGCAAGUGCCUUGGCCAUUGCAGGGCACCAUGGCAGGUCAGCCAACGGCAGUGGCACCGGUUCAACCUGUCCGAGCUGAAGUCUGCACAGCCGGUCGCAUGCCAACAGCUACAGUUGAAGAUGCCUUGCCGGCAUGUGGACAGGGUGCGGUGCCCACCGAACCUGAGCACCCAAAGCCCAAAGAGUCGGUUCAAGCGACGGCAAGCCAGGAGGCACCGCUGUCUGCACGCAAAGAAGGGCCGAAAUCCAGCGGUCCCAUUCCAGCUUCAGAUUCAGCUCCAGAGCAGAGCCAGCAGAGCCAGCAGGGCCAGGAGGGCCAGGAGGGUCAGCAGAGCCAGGCGGGCUUAGAGCCCGAGCGGCCAAAGCUCGCGCAGCCCAUACCUGAGGCACCAACUUUCUCUGCUCCAAGCCCAGCGGGCCCAGCCCCGGCUUCCCCCACACGCUCACCCUCUUUCGCUGCGGGCGUCCCUGACAUGUCAAACCUCGUCCACGACGGACUCCCUGAUAUCACCACGCCUCCUCCGCCAGAUAUGAUCGAGAAGGGGCAGCAGACUACACCAGAUAAGAACUUUGACGCCCAGAGUAGGAGGAGGAAGCGUGCUGCACUAGAGAAGACUCGACUUGCCAAAGAGGGUCGAUUUGCGCUUGUCACUGUCGGCAUGGAUAAACUCAAGUGCCUGAACCAGCCAGGCCGACCGCGUCGACAUCAAAUUCGUGUUCUUGAACACUGGCGCAAUGAGCGUGUGCUCUAUGAGAGGGUGCGUGGGUCGACGAUGCCGACAGUGUGCGGAGUUGUUGUGGCACAGCCAUGUGAGAAACGAGAUGUGGGCAAAGAUGCUUCACCGGAGCGAAUCCCAAUCGAGCUCACCGCCAAGUUUGGAGACGUGUUCAGUCCCUGCAGCAGCAGAAAGUCUGACAUGUCAUUCCAGCCCGGUGGGCUCGAGGACGACGAUGGUGAAUCCAAGUUUGCAAAAGCGAGACGCCAGCGGCGGCGACCCCUGUCAGUGGAGCGAGCUGCCAGAGCAGCAAGUGCGGCAGCAGCUUCUGCCUUGGCUGCAGGUGCACCCGACAGAGCUUUGCCAAGGAGAACGCCCACGGGCUUCGUCGAAGUCCCAGCAGCAGCAGGUUCCACGCAUGCAUGUGGGAUCAGAGUUGGACUAGAAAAUGGGAAGUGGAUGUGUUGUGAUAUCCACAUCCCUCCACGCUCCUUCAAUACUCCAGAGGAGCUCGCCGCAAGCAGAUCUCUCCUCAUCUAUGUCACCUCGUGCGAGCCUGGAGCGCUCACGGCAGCGAUCGACACGAACAUCGUUGAGCUCUCCUCGGGGCACUCCCUCGUGAUCCGGGCAGGGCAAGAGUACUGCUUGCGGAACUCGUCUGCUGCAACAACAGCCCAGCUCAAGAUGGUGUUGAUCAAUCAAACGAUGCCGUCAUGA